AAUGAAAUGACUUGUUUUACUCAAGAGCUGUAUUUUCAUUUUGACUGUGCAGUUUCCUCGGAAAGAGCUGAUCAUCGCCUUAAGAGUCUUCAAAACAUUUUGAAAAAUAGCGCCGGAGAAUGUUGAGCGCUUUGCGACAGCUGCGAAACGCUAGGAAGGGCGGCACGGCUCUCCGGCAUGCGAAAAUCAAGGAGUCGGCAACGGUGCUUUUCGCCACGGACGCCGUCGCUGCACUCAAACCUGAACCCACCGCUGUCAGGUACAAGGUGACACGUGGACCGUACGCCACGGUCACCGACAGCCAUCUACGCUUCUUCGACGAUCUUCUCGGCAAGGACAGGCUUAUAACUGAUCCCGACGAAUGCGAGAGUUACAACGUCGAUUGGGUUAAAAUGGUCAGAGGGUGCAGUCGUGUCGUUGUGAAGCCAAAAACGACGGAAGAGGUUUCAGAGAUACUCCGAUAUUGUAAUGUAAACCGACUAGCUGUAUGUCCUCAGGGCGGAAACACUGGACUUGUUGGCGGCAGUGUACCUGUUUUCGAUGAAAUCGUUCUCUCCACCAGUCUCAUGAACAACAUUAUCGAAGUUGAUAAUAUUUCAAGCACAUUGGUCUGCCAAGCUGGCUGUGUUCUAGAGACUUUGGAAAACCAUUUAGCACAAUCAGGGAUGAUGAUGCCGUUGGAUUUAGGUGCUAAAGGUAGCUGUCAAAUUGGCGGUUGUGUUUCUACAAAUGCUGGCGGUCUUCGACUCUUGCGUUAUGGGAACUUGCACGGCAAUUUGUUGGGGCUUGAAGCCGUGAAGGCAAAUGGUGAAAUUGUAAAUUGUUUGAAUACCUUAAAGAAAGACAAUACUGGAUACCACCUGAAACAUCUAUUUAUCGGAUCAGAGGGUACUCUGGGUAUCGUCACGAAAAUUGCCAUUCAGUGCCCUACACUUCCGAAAGCUGUGAGCGUGGCUUUGCUAGGUGUGGAUAAUUUUGAGGACUUAUUGAAGACUUAUCAGUUGGCAAAGGCGGAAUUAGCGGAGGUUCUUUCUUCUUGUGAAAUGAUUGAUCGGGCUUCAAUGUCUGUCUGUACUGAUAAUUUGGGGUUGAAGAAUCCGCUAGUUCUAAAUAAUGAUGGGUACGAAUUUUACAUGCUAAUUGAGACAGCAGGAAGCGAAACACGUCACGACGAAGAGAAGCUUAACCAAUUUCUCGAGAAAGCUAUGGAAAAAGAAAUAGUUAAAAAUGGUACAAUUGCCACGGAACCUACCAAAAUUAAAAAUAUUUGGCAACUCAGAGAACGUAUCACGGAAGGUGUGAUGCGAGAUGGUUAUGUAUUCAAAUAUGACAUUUCUGUACCGUUACCAAACUUUUACAAAACAGUCCAGGUUCUACGCGAACAUCUUAAAGAUCCUCGUAUCAAACGAAUAGCAGGAUACGGUCACAUUGGGGAUGGAAAUAUCCACGUGCAAGUUUCGAUACCUGAAUACAUAGAUGAAAUAGCCCAUCAAGUGGAACCAUUCAUUUUUGAAUACGUUUCUAAAUUGAAAGGCAGUGUGAGUGCGGAACAUGGGAUUGGGUUCAAAAAAACAAAAUUUUUGCAUUUGAGCAAAGAUGAAUCUGCCAUCAAGUUGAUGCACGAACUCAAACAAAUGAUGGAUCCAAAUCGAAUUCUAAACCCGUACAAAGUCUUACCAUCUUUGUGAUCUAUCAAAAAAGCUUCUCAAUCGUAAAAGUUCGACCGCUGUUUGCUCCAGUUUUACCGCGGGGUAAGACUAUCUCGUCAAAAAACACUUUCUCACUAGUAUAUAUGUGUAUAUGUCCUUACAUACAAUCCAAUUUAAAUAUGUAUAUAGAUAUGUUACGCUAACGUAUUUAACGUCGACAUGUUACUUUUUUUUAUACUCUGUAAUAUUUCAAAUGCAGCUUUAUGUUUCAUAGAAAAUCCUAAGUCUAAAUCCGAGAUAAUGCGUUGAAAGAUGUAAUAAAGCUUUGUAGCAUCUGUAGCAAAAACUUUCGUUGAUGUCAAACCAUCGAAAAUUCGUAUUUUUAAUAAAAAGAUUGCGAAAGGCGGAUUCUAAAAA